CUUCUCCUUCUCGUCCUUCUUCUUCUUCUUCUUCUUCCUCGAAUUAAGGUCGCUGCAAACCCUAAUCAUUGGAUAUAUAUGGGUCUAAAAUAGAAGGCUUUUUAACAAUAAUUACAACUAUGAGUGCAAACCCUAGUAGUAGCGGUGGUGGGAGUAGCAGUGGUGGAGGCGGUGGGGGACCGUGCGGUGCGUGCAAGUUUUUGAGGCGGAAGUGCGUCCCGGGGUGUAUCUUUGCCCCGUAUUUUGAUUCUGAGCAGGGUGCAGCCCAUUUUGCUGCAGUGCACAAGGUUUUUGGGGCGAGUAAUGUGUCGAAGCUGCUUCUGCAUAUUCCUGUUCAUAAACGGCUCGAUGCUGUGGUUACCAUAUGUUACGAGGCUCAGGCCCGCCUCAGAGAUCCUGUUUACGGCUGCGUUGCUCACAUCUUUGCUCUUCAGCAACAGGUGGUGAAUUUGCAAACGGAGCUGUCAUACCUACAAGCCCAUUUGGCAACACUAGAGCUUCCAUCGCCGCCACCGCCACCUCCACCGCCACCAACACUCAUGACACCACCUCCACUCUCAAUCUCCGACCUUCCGUCUGCCACCUCGGUCCCCGCUGCAUACGACUUGUCGUCUCUCUUCGAACCGAUUGUGCAACCUUCAUGGGCCAUGCAGCAGCGGCAAAUGGAUCCACGGCAAUUCGGCGGCAGUACUUGCUCUUCAUCAACGGGGAGUGGUGAUCUUCAGGCUCUGGCACGCGAGCUUCUCCACAGACAAGAGUCUCCCCAACACGGUUCGGCACCGUGCCUUGAUCCUUCGUCACCAUCUAUAUCUAAAUGAGACUGACCUUGAAAUAGUAUUACUUGGGCUUAAUUUUCGCGUUGUAUUUCAUUGGGAAAGUAAUUAUCUUAAAACCUUUAGCUAUCCUUUUUUUUUUUCAAUAUUUUUGUUCCUUUAUACUUUAUUGGUAUGCCCUUUUUGAUAUAUUAAGGGAAUUUAAGUUAGUUCAGAAAUAAAAAAUUGUAUCAUCU